CACGAAAAUGUGCCCUAAAGUUGAUAAGAUUUUCGACCACUGAAGAUGAUACUAGUACCCGUAUCAAGUGAGGCCGAAAAUCCAGAAAUUAUAAAUCCCCCAAACAGAUGGCAUCGAUUCGGCAGAACCAAAAAAAUGGUCAGCGAGUGCGGUAUGUGUGGAGCCAAGUGGAUGGAUCGAUGCGGAUGGUAGAUGGUAACAGGUGAGAGGCAUUUCUUGGAGUGCUGAGACCUCUUGUUGCUAUCGACGAGUGCGGGUAGAAAUGCUUGAAUGUGUAUUACGGAAGCAGCGACCACUGGCGAUUAUAAUGUCGAUAUGUGGACCGGUCCGGCAGCCCCCGCUGCCACCCAACGGUUCCGAUCCGUCAAGCGUUUGGAACGUGAUGCGAUCAACGCUUCCGCGACCCAUUUGCAUGGCGUUGUAAUAGUGGCUUCCAAUGAAGAAGAAGCAGCUCAGGUCGCCGAUCUAGUCUCGGCCAGCGAAGCGUAUUUAAGAGCUAUUCAGCAAAUUGCAUGAAAGAAUUUCGCACGCGACCGACAAGCAGCCAACAAGUGCCAACCCAACACCGAUCCGGGACCGAACGAAAGCAAGCGGGGGAGAUAAAUACUGCUGAAAGAUGUACGGACGCUGCAGUUUGCUGUUUGUGGUGCUGUUGUGCGCCUCGGGUCUGGCCCACGCCCACUUUCCGGAGUACUGUGCAGAGUGUGAGCAGGAGGUGUGGGAGCAGGUGCCAUGCAGCCAUGUGCCCACUACUGCACGCCCAACCACGGCGCGGCCAGAUUCUGGAUCGACAGCCAGACCUCCUACAACCACCACAACCGUCGCCAGCACCACCCAGGUCUCUUACCCGACCACAACUGGUACAUCAGCGGAGGAGAUUACCACCCAGCCCACGGCCUACAAGAAGUGCUACUGCGAGUGCAAGCUCGGCUGCAAGGAGUUCUGUCGCAAGGUGGCCACCUCCGGACCCAAACAGCAGCUCACCCAGAUCUCAUCCACCGGCGACUACGCGCCGGGGGGCCAGAUAGAGUACACGCAUGUGCAUCAGCGCAAGUAUUUCCCCAAGUACGGAGGAGGAGCAGGCUAUGCAGGACUGGUGGGCCCAGUGGACGGUCCCAAGGCCUAUAAGCCCUACCCUCUGGUCUACAGUGAACACGCUGCCGCCGCCUCCUCGCCAGCUGCCAACAACAUUAAUGCUCCCAAUUACACCCUGGAGGAGCUGGCCCAGCUUCUGAGCACAGCCUAUGGCGGCAAGAAGGAAUAUCCAGCCCCACCACCGCCCAGACCUCAGCCACGAGCUCAGCUGCAGCCAGCGCCUCCUUCUGUCUACUACUCUCCGGUGUACAAGCAGCAGUCCGCAGGCCCUUCCAUUCCCCUUGUGAGUAGGGUUGAACCGACCCCUAAGCGUUACCCCAGUAUCAAGGUAUCAGCCGCAGCAGUGGCCUCUUCAUCCGGAGUGGCUGUGGCCAAGGUUAAAACGCCCUAUGAGGAGAAGAUAGCCGUUGCCACACCGCCACCAUCCAACAUCUACGACAGAACCACAUCCUAUCCCAUUGUCGAGGAGCACACGGCGUACGCUUUGCCACAAACUGAGUCGUAUCCAAUUGCCCCCAGCCAAACGGAGUCAUAUCCAAGCAUUACCGAGGCGUAUUCGAGGCAGACGGAGUCCUAUCCCAGCCAAACCGAGUCGUAUCCCAGCAGGUCAGAGGAGCACCCCCUGCAAGAGCCCGAACCUAACAAGCCGUCGUCAUCCUUCGACCUGGCUAUCGACAACUAUCUCAAGGACUUUGGAUAUGGCAACCAAGGAAGGGGCUACGCGGACUACUAGGCUCUAGAUAGAUCUCGUUGUUGUUAGGUUUAAGGAUACACGUCUAUACAUUUAGAUAGUAGAUAUUAAUGUUUUCCACUUGUUUAUUUAUUUGUACUAAGUUAAGUUAUGAUGAAUAAAACUGUUGUAAAAUCA